AUGUCUUCCGGCACGCCUGUCAAUAUUAUUCUUGGCACACACACAGUUGGCGAUGCUAAUGAGAACCCCGGGACUGUACACUUCGAUAACGCGAACGAUGUCCAGGCCCUAUUGGACGCAUUCCGCAAUCGCGGCUAUAGGCAUAUAGACACCGCGAGUAAUUAUGACGGCUCUGAGAAACGCCUUGGCCAGGCUGAAGCUGCCUCUCGCUUCACCAUCCAUUCAAAAGUCCGCGGUCGGGGUCCCGGGGACCUCGAACCUUCAAAAAUUGAUUUAAGCAUUAGGCAAUCGCUCGAUGCCCUCAAGACUUCCGCUGUGGAGACAAUGUUUCUACAUGUGCCUGAUCGGCAAACACCAUUCGAAGACACUGCAAAAGCAAUGAACGACGCUUUCCAACAAGGAAAGUUCAAGAAAUUCGGAUUGUCGAAUUACACUGCCGCGGAAGUGCAGAAGUUUAUCGAUAUUUGCGAAGAAAAGGGAUACGUCAAACCCAGCGUGUAUCAAGGACACUAUAAUGCGAUUGUGAGAGGAGGCGAGAAGGAGCUAUUUCCACUGCUGCGUAAACAUAACAUCGCCUUUUUUGCCUACAGUCCUGCAGCGGGUGGUCUUUUCUCAGGUGGUGCUAACACCGCGGCAAGAUGGAGUACCGAUAAUCCUAUCGGGAAGCUGUACACUGCCCUUUAUCGUCAGACCGCCCUCCAGGCCUCCGCCGUUGUUCGAGAAGUGGCCGAGAAACAUGGUAUCAGCGGACAUGCGGCUGCCCUGCGAUGGACUGCGUUCCAUAGUGUCUUGGAUGGAAAGUACGGUGAUGGGGUGAUCUUUGCGGUUUCCAAUAUGGAGCAGCUCCACAAAACUCUUGACGCACUUGAGGCUGGACCCCUCCCUGCCGAGCUCGCUGAGGCUAUUACAGCCAUCUACGCAACGGUUGAGGGCGCAGAACCACCAUACCAUCUCUAG